AUGGUAUUAGCACCGAUGUCCUCAGAUGCAGAAUGUUACGAUGGGGACAUCUUUGAAAUAGAAGAUUUCACUAUUGUUACAAUCAAAGAAGGUUUGUGUGCUGAGUUGGAACAGUUGUUACGUAAAUGGGAGCUUAGUGGUGACAAUGGCAACAACUAUUCCUUCACAAAGGCAAUGUUAGCGGAGUGCCAGUGGGAUUCGAAAUAUGAUAAAAUUACAUACGGAAACAAUCAUUUAAUUGUUAGCUAUUACUGGCCAAAAAAUCUUCAAAGAAGUGAACAAGCAACGUCAAAUGCAGUUAAUAUGGACGCUUCGGAUUCUUUCCUAAGCAAUGCUGCGCGACUAUUUUGGUCAUCUGAGACGGACUUUUGUCCAGGAUCCAUUAUUUGCAACCAAUUUGGAGUCCUCGAAUUCAUUUUACUGACACCAUCUGAUUGGCAUUUCGACAGAGUGUCGAAUGAAGACCAAUUACGAGGAUUAUUGUCAUCUAUCACGGAAUCUGCUGGAAAAGCUGGAUGUGCUUUACCAAUAUUUGUACAAUAUGGUGAAAGAGAACGGCAACUAUAUUUCGGCGUUUGUCAAAAUAACUCUAUACGCACUAAUUUUGAAUCCGUUCACCAACGUCGAGGCCACCCAUUAAGAUGCCAUUUGUCGGGUUGUUUAGACAUCUUUCGGGAAACUUUGCAGUGCUCCUUAAUGGAUGAAGGGAAUCUACGAAUAUCUAUGCAGUUCGAUUACGUUCUCCAGGAUAAGCCGCAUUAUGCAUUUCCCAAAAAGAAAAUUGUGAUAGAGGAAGAAUUUUUACCAACAGAAGAUACAAGCAUUAUUGACAUUUCUCAUCUUCCGUUUGGUGCUACUACAAAUGCAAUUGAGGAAUUUGGUUUAUCUGCAGUUUGGUCAAACAUCGAAAGAGGGAUUGCUGUGGAGGAACAGAACCUUUCGAAUUUAGAUCCUCAGAGAGCCUUAGCAUUUAGUACGUGGGUUUCAAUAGAGAAGAAUGCAUCAUAUCUGAUGAGUUCUUGUCUAAGAAAACUGUUAGCAAUCGCUGAAUCACAGGAAGGCUCAGAUUUGGUUCAAAAACGGGAACCUUCAAGGGACGAUGCAAGUCGAGCAUUGUCUUCACUGUUAUCUCCAACAGUACCAGAAAAUAUCUCAAUUAGAAGUACAGAUCGUAUAAUAAAUGAAAGUGAUUUAGAACCUGCUAUUAUUCGGCAUUGGAUUGAUAAAGUGUUUGAAAAGACGAAGCAAGAGCACACUUUACCAAGCUGUAACACUUCAUACGAUGUAAAUUUUGAAUCUGCAUGCUCGAUGGAAAGAGCGUGGAGUCCUGGCCCAGGUAGUGCUGUUAAAAAUGUACAGUGUUCAAAAGCUUAUUGUGCCGAAGGCAUAAAGGAAGAAGGGAAUACAGUGGAUAUUUGCCAAAAACUUAGCGAUAUAUUAUCCGCAUGUAAAUCGGCUCCAGAAUCUAGUUUAACUUGUCGAAUCUCAAUUGCGCUUGCACAAAUGUUAUGUACUCGAGACCAUUCAUCAGCCGGAUUUUCUCACUUGUGGUCAGCUAUUACGUAUGAAUUGCAGGAAUACUACGAAAGAAAUUUAUACGUUCCUGGAAUGGAUGAGUGUAUAGCUCCGGACUUGUCCACCUGUAAAUUUCACCAGAAUCUACAGCUUUUACAAUGUGCAAUUGAAGCUAAAAAACAUCGUGAGUCAAAGAACCUUUUUAUUCAGAAAUGGCAACUAUGCAAAUCAGAACAUGAUGAAUUUUUUGACGCACCAGAAUCGCUAGAAGAUGGUAAAGAAAUCUCAAAGGAGGAGUCAGAUUCUUCAGGAGCGGAAGGACGCUUGAAACCUUUUGGCACGUUGCGACUUAUUCACUACCCCGAUAGACUUAUGUAUGAACCAGUCACACAGACUCGUGUUCCAGUAACUGAGGAUAUGCUGGAGAAGCAUGCUGAAUAUUUGGCUUCGUUGAAGGACCCUGAAGAACGGGUCAAAGCACAACUGGAGCCGCUUUUUUCCGACAUGGAGGCUUUUAAAGCCGCUAAUCCGGGCUGCUGUUUUGAAGAUUUUGUAAGGUGGCACUCUCCUCGUGAUUUUAUUGUGAAUGAUGAAAACACGGGCGAAGGCUGUUUAUCAAGUCGUAUGACGGGCGAAGGUAAUACAUGGCAACAGACGUGGAAUCGGGCGCAGCUGAAACCUGCUUAUCGUCAAAAGCUACUAUUUGAUGAUCUGAAAGCGGCUAAUAAGAUUAUUAGUGAUUUCGAAAAUCUCACCGUGUCAAAAUUGAUUGUUUAUAUUUUACCAGUUUUGUUCAAGUGUGCAUCUAUACAGUUAGUAGAUGAAUCAAAAUUAUAUUUUGAUCUGGUUGGCGACAAAUUACUCAACCUUUGUAAAAAAGUUUUGGAUUGUACAAGAAACAAUGCUUUGGAAGAUUACUUAGAUGCUGUCAAAGAUAUUACUCAAAUUGAAGAAGUAGUUGCUUGCUGUAAUGUGCUUUAUACACAGUUAGUGUCUGCGGCCGGCAAAAAGUUAACUGAAGAUGAGAAGUGUGAAAUACAGCAAUUCGUCAUGAUGCUUGUACGUUCAAACGAGCAGAACUAUGAAAACGCUACUAAUGGUGGGAAAGCUGGUGCUGGCUAUCGAGUACCCGUUGUUGACGGUUUAUGUGGACCUGUCGGUUCAGCUCUAAAGAAUCUCUUUUUUGGCUCUUCCAUAAAAGAUUCCUCAAAUAGGACUGAAAAGAAAACCCUUGAACAAAUCCUCACUGGCGAUGAAAACAUGCCAUAUCGCAGGAGACAAUAUGUAAUACGAUGUGGUGCUCGUAGACCUACGCUUGGGUCACGUACAUUGCCGCAAAGAUUAUAUGCUGCAAUUUCAAAAGAAGAAUAUAGAAUUUGUUUGACACUGUCAAGCGAUACCGUUUUAUCUUAA